UGGAGAUUUGGGAGAUUGGCCUGCAGGGGCCUCGCACUUAGUGCUGCUGUGUAAUUACCAUUGGCCGUGGUGAUUGGCAGCAUGUCAGCCCUGGAAACGCCAGCCCGUGCUUAUUGGCUUGUUGGCUACUUGGCUACUGGCACCGCCGGCCGCAGACAACACUAACAGCCCGGUGACUCCUCAGGCUAAUCCGACUGCUACUCCGCCUCAGGCCUAGCACUGCGUAUCGACUGCCUGUUUCUUUCAUUCUGGAAUAAUCUCACUCUCAGCUACCAUGGCCUGACCUCUCGACCUCGCUCUCGCCCUCGUCCAUCUCUGCGAGUUGUUCCUGACCUGAAAGAUCCGGCGGUGCCGGCGGGGACACGAGCCUCCGCUAAUUCACUCGAAUCACUACGCCAUAGAAUCAAUUAAUCAAUUGCCUGCCUGGCGAACAUCACUCACUAUCCACCAUGGCCAUCCGAUCGUUUGCGACGCUGCUGUCAGUAUCGUCGCUGCUCUUGAACCUGACGCCUGUGCUCGCCGCCGAUACUUUCACCUUCAUCCCGACCGCUGCGUCGUCGACGUUCCCUGCCUGCGGUAUCUCCUGUUCCCUGCUGCAGCAGGCUCAAUCAGCAUGUAUUCCGCCUGCCGUGGCCGUAUCAAACGACGACACCACCUACGUCAAUUGCUUUUGCGGCUCCCAGUACCUCCUUGGCCUGAAAACUUCCGGAGCCGUGUGCUCGACAUGCACCUCCCUGUCUGACCAGGCCCUGUUGGUACAAUGGUACGAUGGAUACUGUAACGGGAAUUGGAAAACUACAACCGCAGCAGCUGCAACAGCAACCUCGACAUCCUCGACCACAAGCGCAACCAACUCGGCGGCCACUUCGACAUCAACAGCCGCCCCGUCCAACGACGGUACUACGGGCUCUGCAGCCGGGUCAUCAAACCAGAGCUGGUUCUCAACACACUGGAGAUGGAUCGUCAUGCUGAUCGUUCUGAUCAUCGGCUUCACGCUUCUCGGUGUAGGCGGUGUAUGGCUGAAGAAACGUCUCGACGCGAAACAGCCAGGGCUGUACCACGGCGACGACCGCAAUAACAGCAGCCGGCCCUCGCGGUCUCCCGCCGCCGCCGCCGGGUUCAUGAUCCCCAGCAGCCUGCGCAACAUCUCGUCGCGGAACAGCAUGAACAACACCGCCGCGACGACGACUCCGAACAAUGCCAGUACACGGAACGUGAACUACCAGAACAUGAACGCCACCAUGGAUGCGCACAACUAUCCCACGCAGCAGCCGAAUAUGUCGAUGACAAGCUUGUCGAAUAAUCGUCCUGAGAUGUGGGGACCGCAUCAGGCCACUACGCAUACGCGCGGUUUCGACCAUAUCACACCCGUCGAUGACGCUGCGUAUGGCGCCGGGUCGGAUAUUUCGAGUCGAUCACAUAACCGUCGAUUGAGUGUGAAUUCAGCGGCUGGUUUGCAUAGGGGUCAUGAGCCUGUCAGCCCAGCCAGUCCGAUCCAGUGAUUUUUGUGCGUUUUUCUUAUGAACUUUAUCCGGAGAAAAUAUCUCUACCGCGACAAUCUUGUCAUGUCAUCGUCCUUUUUUUUGUCUAUCAUUUCUGCAUCUAGUUAGGUUAUUUAGUCAGGGUUUUAUCUGGGUUUUGUCGAUCGAUCUCGGGUGUAUGUAAGGGGUGAAUACAUACCACUGUUCUACACGUGUAGUGUUUAUUUUUGAUAUGUGUCCGGCGUUAAUAUUGAAUGGAAUGCACCUUCUGCAUGUGCAGGAUUGGAAUCAAAAACACGUCGACAUCUCCCUUGGAUGUGCAUAUGUAAUCAUUGAUCAUUGCAAAUAUCCAAGCGCAUCAACACCAUAGUAUGGGCUUUUUAAAUAAAAGACUAGAUAGGCAGACACUAUAUAAAAU